AUGUCCAUUCGUGUCGUCGCGAGGAUACGUCCUCUCCUCGAGAAGGAGCUGGACAAGGACAUUAUUGUCCGUCCUGACAGCGUCGAGGCCGGCAGCCCCAAUACGAUUGUCAAGAUUCCCAAUCCCAAGAACGACGCAGAGGACUUUUCCUUUGCUUUCAACUCGGUCUAUGACCAGUCGACGACGCAGGAAGACCUCUUCACCUCGGAAGUGGCACCGCACAUCAAGUCUCUCUUCCUGGGAUACGACGUCACCAUUUUCGCGUACGGCGUCACGGGCACGGGCAAGACACACACGAUGAGGGGAGGACUCAAGCUGGCGGACCGCGGCGUGAUUCCCCGGUUGCUAAGCGGUGUGUUCCGUCGAGGCAAGAAGAUUACCAGGGAUUCGGACGGCCAGACGACGGUGCAGGUGGCCCUAUCGUACUACGAGAUCUAUAACGACAAGGUAUACGACCUACUCGAGCCUCCCGAGAAACGAACGCCUUCGGGCCUUCCGCUACGCGCUGAGGCCAAUGGGCGGACGGUCGUGGCCGGUCUGACGGAGCGCGCGUGCGAGGACCUACGCGACUUUGAGAAGAUGUACAUUGAAGCCAACAACAACCGCGUCACGGCGGCCACCAAGCUCAACGCGCACAGCAGCCGAAGCCACGCAAUCUUGCGCGUCAAGCUAAUCCAGACGACGGGCGACAUGGUGCGCGAGAGCACCGCGUCGGCCAUCGACCUAGCUGGAUCUGAGGACAACCGCCGCACCGACAAUGGGAGGGAGAGGCUGGUCGAGUCGGCCGCCAUCAACAAGAGCCUCUUUGUGCUGAGCCAGUGCAUCGAGGCCAUCUCGCGCGGCGACAAGCGUAUCCCUUAUCGCGAGUCAAAGAUGACGCGUAUCCUCUCGCUGGGCCAGAACCAAGGCAUCACCGUCAUGAUCCUCAACCUGGCCCCCCUCCGCAGCUACCACCUCGACACCCUCAGCAGCCUCAACGUCAGCUCGCGUGCCAAGCGUAUCGAGGCGCGUGAGAUUGAGAACGAGGUCGUCUUCAAGCAGAUGCCCAAGCAGUCCUCCUCGGGACUCGGUCUCGGUGGUGCCCAACGCCAGCCCCUCCGUCCUCUGGCCAACGCCCACAACGUUGGCGUGGCAAAGGAUGGUGCUGGGACAAAGGACGUCGCGCGUCCCGUCAAGGCUUUCGCCGUCUACACGGACAAGGCAGCCAAACCUGGCACGACGCUGCCUGGCCCCGUCAAGUCUACUCUGGGAGGAGGUCGACGGACAACGCUCGGCAAGAGGAGCUCCGACUGCCACGAGUCGCCCGUCUCGUCGUCGUACAGCCGGCCUAGCAAGCUCGCCCGCCCUCGGCCUUCUAUGGCUGCUCCGUCUUACACCUCCGCUCCCGCCACGUCACCGUCGGUUGUCGUCACGGCCGCCGAGAUCGAGGCCAUGGUGCAGAAGAAGGUUAGCGAGGCGCUUGCUCACCGCGAGCACGCAAGCGAGGACAUGAGCCGCAGGCUCGAGGCUCUGGAGCGACGCGUCAAUGGGGGUGAGUACGACGAAGAGGACAACGCUGAGGGGCUGCGUCUCCUUCUGGCGGCGCGCCAGCACAAGGACAAUGGAGAGGAUGCUGCCGCCCUUCAGGCGUACGAGAUGGCCGUGCCGUAUUUCCCCGGCCAGCCGCGUCUGCAAGGAAAAAUUAACAGGCUGCGCGCCAGGCUGGGACUCAAGGACGAGGCCAGUGUCCACACCGCUCCCCAGAGCACUGCCGCUGCCCCUAAAAGGAAGAAGCGCAAACACAGUCUCAUGGUGCUCCGCGAGGGAGAAGUCCAAGUCGAGUAUGCCGACGAGGUCGAGCCGGAAUCAACUUCCACACAUCUGAGCAUUUGCGAAGGCCACGAAGAACAAGACCGGGAGAACUUCUCGCCCGUGCCCAUCAAGCACCAGAGAUCUGCAUCUGUACCUACCGUUGUUGCUGUUGCCGCACCUACCACGCGUCGUCCAGCUCUCCAGCCCAUCAUUGCGAAGCCCAAGAGGAGAAGCAUUAGCCAGCAGCGCAGCGCCGGCACCAGCAGCAACAAUGCCACAGUGCAGUUGGAUCCGGACAUGGAGGUGGAUUCUCGCGACGAUGCCCCGCAGGCACAGAAGCACCUCCUGGAUAUUGUCAACUCGCGCGACAUCAACCAGUUCCACGGUCUAGUCGGUCUCGGCACCAAGAGGGCCAGGGACGUCGUUGAUUUCCUCGACGAGGCAGAAGAGGGGGAGCACGGGCAACGUGUCGAUUCAUUGAGCGAGCUGCGUGCUAUUCCCGGUCUUGGUGGACGCGCCGCCGAUAGAGGUCAAGAGAGUCUUGUGAUGUCUGCUGUGUGA